AUAAACAUUUGAAGAUGACGACCUCAUGGAGCGACCGACUCCAGAAUGCAGCAGACCUCCCUGCAAACAUGGAUGGGCACGCUCUGAAGAAGUACCGCCGGGAAGCCUAUCACCGGGUCUUUGUAAACAGAAGUUUAGCCAUGGAAAAGAUAAAGUGCUUCGGUUUUGAUAUGGAUUAUACUCUUGCUGUGUAUAAAUCCCCUGAAUACGAAUCUCUUGGAUUUGACCUGACCGUAGAAAGAUUAGUUUCCAUUGGAUACCCUCAUGAGCUGCUCAAUUUUGUGUAUGAUCCUGCAUUCCCUACCAGAGGCCUGGUGUUUGAUACCCACUAUGGAAACCUGUUGAAAGUUGACGCCUAUGGAAACCUCCUAGUGUGUGCACAUGGCUUUAAUUUCCUCAGAGGGCCUGAAACACGGGAGCAAUAUCCAAAUAAAUUUAUCCAGAGGGAUGACACAGAUAGGUUUUACAUUCUGAACACGUUAUUCAAUCUACCAGAGACCUACCUAUUGGCUUGCCUAGUGGAUUUCUUUACUAACUGUGACCGGUACACUAGCUGUGAAACAGGUUUUAAAGAUGGAGACCUCUUCAUGUCCUUCAGGAGUAUGUUCCAGGAUGUCAGAGAUGCUGUUGACUGGGUUCAUUACAAGGGAUCGCUCAAGGAAAAGACCCUUGAGAAUCUGGAAAAGUAUGUGGUGAAAGAUGGGAAGCUGCCACUGCUGCUCAGCCGCAUGAAUGAAGUUGGGAAGGUGUUUCUUGUCACAAACAGCGACUAUAAAUACACAGAUAAAAUUAUGACUUACUUGUUUGACUUUCCACAUGGACCAAAGCCUGGGAGCGCCCAUCGGCCGUGGCAGUCCUACUUUGACCUGAUCCUGGUGGAUGCGCGAAAACCCCUCUUCUUUGGGGAAGGCACCGUGCUGCGGCAGGUGGACACGGUGACCGGGAAGCUGAAGAUUGGUACCUACACUGGCCCACUGCAGCACGGCAUCGUGUACUCAGGAGGCUCUUCGGACACAGUCUGUGACCUGCUGGGGGCCAAAGGGAAGGAUAUCUUGUACAUCGGAGACCAUAUCUUUGGAGACAUCCUCAAGUCCAAGAAGCGCCAGGGCUGGAGGACCUUCCUGGUGAUCCCCGAGCUGGCGCAGGAGCUGCACGUCUGGACAGACAAAAGCGCCCUUUUUGAAGAGCUGCAGAGUCUGGACAUUUUCUUGGCCGAGCUAUACAAGCAUCUGGACAGUAGCAGCAAUGAACGCCCUGACAUCAGCUCCAUCCAGAGACGUAUUAAGAAAGUGACCCAUGACAUGGACAUGUGCUACGGGAUGAUGGGGAGCCUCUUCCGCAGUGGCUCUCGGCAGACCCUGUUUGCCAGCCAGGUGAUGCGCUACGCUGAUCUCUAUGCAGCCUCCUUCAUCAACCUCCUCUACUACCCCUUCAGCUACCUCUUCAGAGCUGCCCACGUCCUGAUGCCACACGAGUCCACAGUGGAGCACACGCACGUCGACAUCAAUGAGAAGGAGUCACCGAUGGCCACGCGCAAUCGCACCUCAGUGGAUUUUAAAGAUUCUGACUACAAGCGGCAUCAACUGACCCGUUCCAUCAGUGAGAUCAAACCGCCCAACCUCUUCCCCCAGGCACCACAGGAAAUCACACAUUGCCAUGAUGAAGAUGAUGAUGAGGAAGAGGAAGAGGAGGAAGAAGAGGAGGAAGAGGAAUAAGAAGGAAAAAGCAAAGCUUCUCUGAAGAUGAACCGUGACUCUAGCAGUGAUCAGGAGCAGAUUCCUUUGUUGGGGCCCUUGGGGUGAUGGGUUGGGGGGAGGGGGUGUGAUUCUUGCAAAGGCACAUUUUGAAAGUGUCCAGAAACUUUUAACCAAUUAACACUAAUUAGGAGGCGACCCUUGUUUUCAGUUUUGCAGACGGUUCAAAAAAAGCUGAUGGAGUCUGUCUGGGUGGUGCAUUCAGAUUGGACUGCCCGCCUGUGCUGUCAUGCUGCUCCCAUUUCAUUUAAGGAGGCUGCAUGUUUCUCCCUUUCCCAUGGUGGUUUCAUUUGAACAGUGUCCUGUGAACGGUUUUUGCCAUUUGUUACAUUCGCUGUGGAGAAGGAAGGGAUGUGCUGGGGCCUGCAGGAGACAAAAUGAUCCAAAUCCUCCUGCCCGUCAGGUUGCUGCCCUUAGCCCUCUGCUUCUGGGUUACAACCUGCCCCCUCCCCAUGUUAGCCAGGGUGUUGCUGCGGCUUCCAGCACUCAGUUUACCCUCUGCUUGGCGUGCGUUUCUCUAAGUGGUUCGAUUCCUCCAGCCAUCAUGGAUGGCGGUGGAAUUCCAGCUCUUGCAUAGCUGCAGCUGUACACAUUUCGGCUUGUAGACGCUUGUUGUCCUCUCCCAGUGUUUCAAAGCUCUCUUUCAUCAUCGGCAUGUGAUGCAUGAUAUCCGACGCAUUUCUCAAACAGCUGAGCCGCACACUGUGUUCUCAACUCCUGUAGUUUCAGCAGUAAAUAUUAACCCAGAAGCUCGAAGCUACUGCUUUAGCAUUACAUUAGUCGGUUUGUUUUCCUACUGCCUACUACUGGCCUUUCUGUCUGCUCAGCUUUAAGAAAGUGAAGCGUCCCAAAGACAAAUGCAGCCGCCAUCUGGAGUGAGAGGGCCUGUUAUUCCAGGGUGCUGUGGGCCACGAGUGUCUGCCCUAAGCUCGGAAACAGCACGUGCCACAGGGC